AUGCAACCCUCAAGGGGCCUUCUCCAGAUGGAUGACGAAUUCAAGCUCAAGAAAGAUCAUCUGCCGAAGCGCUCAAGCCCCAUCUCUGAUCCCCCCAAGACACGCUCUCCUUGCACGGGUCGUCCCUGGAGUCUGGGACGGGAUAACUCGACAGCUCCUGGUCGCUCCUCGGCUGGCCGGGUUGCGGAACGACUGGAGGCUACGGGAAAUGGGUCACGACAGAGGGCAGAAGAAGCAGAACACGCCGAAAGCCCCGCGACCCAGCCCGAUGCUGCCUUGGUCUACGGAUACAUGAACGGCGAUCUAAUUACCUAUGGCUUCCGCCUGGUGGAGGCAAAGCUGUUGGUGCUUGGCAUGAGAUUGUCAGUGCAGCCUGCAAAGUAUCCAUACACUCUGUCGCCGGACAUCAACGAAGCGCCAGCCGCGCUAACGAAUGGGCCUCAGCAACAAAUGGCGUACAAUCUUUGCGAAAGUGGGAGCUGCUCACUCUAUUUAAACAAGGUGUUUGAUGGACCGCAAGCACCCGUCGGGAUCUCUCCAGAGAGACAAACUAAAAAGGAAAGCUCAGCACGUCAAUCUGUCUCCCGUGGCCUGGAACUGGAGGUGCCCGCAUAUCCACCAAAGCCAGCCAUACGCAUCAUCGUUCGAAUAAGCCGUCCAAUUGUCCUGAAGCCUCGAACUCCGCCUGUCAUUUACAGCAGACGCGGCCCGACUUGCACUACCGCCAUUGUCUGA